UCAAAUAUCGAAAAUUAGCGGAAGAUUUUCAAUGAAAGAAGUGGAUGCACAGUCAUAUUAUCUCACAAGUUGUACUUGUAGCACAAUUUCUGCAAUCAAUUCUGGCACGAAAAGAGGCAUCUGAUCUAGGACUCCAGAGGACACCCACUUUUUCUACAGUCUCUUUAUACUUGAUUAGAUUUGAGCAUAAUCACACAAGUCCUUAAGAUGUGAAUGGAUGACUACCCAAGCCCGACUAGGAGGUGAAGAAAAAAAAGCAUUGUUAACUUGCAAGUGGAUGAGGGUUAUUGCAAGGCUACUGGUGGAUGUCAUCGACUCGCUAUAGAAUGAGCGACUAUCUUAUUGGUGUAAGCUUCAUCAUAACCACUUGUUGAUGCCUCUCAGAUAUACAUGAAUGUACUGCAUGUUGUGGCAUGACUGUGACUGACUUGGAUCUGUAGCCCUGCGGCCAUGGCUAGUGGGGGAUCUUUGUUUGAGAUGUGCCUCAAGGAGGCUCAGUUGGACCACUAUUCUUCAUCUUUCCAGGGUGGGGGCAUUGGUGAUCUUGAGACGUUAGCAACCCUGUCCAUGCAGGAGUACAACAGCUAUGGUGUGACGUCAUCCCAGGACAAGAAACAGCUAUUUAGGUUAAUCCACACACUGCGUAACCUAGACCUCAACAAGGUGUCUGAUCUGAAUGGACCGGACCAACAGGUUACAUCCAUUGAAAGCAGCACACCCUACACCAUGUCUCACAAAGAGAAAUCAAGUCACCAUGGAAAUAAAAAGGCUGUUAAGAAUCACCAUAACAACAUGGCUUCACUGUCUGGUAGGAAUGCUGAAAUGGUACAAUCCGGCGAGAAGCUGAAUAAUAUUCAUAACGAUCAUCACAUAACAAAACUAGGUGAUAUGCCAAGAAAUAGUGUGCUAAAUAGAACUUUUGAUAAAGAUGAUGAAUCAGAUAGAGACAUCAAUGAUCGUUCUGUUACCAUGGAAACCAUUUACAAUGAACCUGAGAAAAACCUUAAUAAUGGUGUUAAUGAUAGCCAAGUCCUGGUGUUGGAGCACAGCAAUUCUGGGUAUAAUUAUGGGGUACCUUCAGCCUCACCUACCACCCAAUACAAACUGAAAUCAGGAAUGAAGUCGGCGACUGUUUCUACACCCCACUCAAGGAAUGGUGUUACUGCGGAUGAGAAGAUCAAAGUUUGUGUGCGGAAGAGACCAAUGAACCAGAAGGAAUGGAGGGCUGGAGAAGGAGACGCUGUGUCAAUAGAGGGUAGCAACACAGCGCUGGUAAAGGAGAGGAAACUCACUGUGGAUCUUACAAAGAUUGUCCAAGUGCACAAGUAUCACUUUGAUGAAGUUUUCCAUGAAACAUGCAGCAAUGAAGAAGUCUAUGAGAGGACAGCCAAGCCUCUUGUACAGAUCAUUUUCAACAGGGGUAAGGCCACUUGCUUUGCCUAUGGGCAGACUGGGGCAGGGAAAACUCACACCUUACUUGGAGGUCAAGGGGGAAAGGUCAAAGGUCUUUAUCUACUUGCGGCUGAAGACAUCUUCACCAUCAUCAGGUCAUCUGCAGAUGGCCAUGGUCUGGCAGUGUAUGUGAGCUACUUUGAGAUCUACUGUGGGCAGCUGUGUGAUCUACUCAAUAACAGAGAAAGAUUACAUGCAAGAGAGAAUGCUCAUCAUAAAGUGUGUAUCUCAGGCUUGAAUGAGAUCAAAGUUAGUGGACCUCAGGCUCUCAUGCAGAUUGUUGAGACUGGUAACAGAUUGCGAGUAGUUGGUGCAUCAGGAGUUAAUGCAGAUUCAUCCAGAUCACAUGCUAUACUUCAGAUCCAACUCAAAGAUAAAGCAGGCAACCAGAUUGGCAAAUUUUCAUUUGUUGACCUAGCAGGGAGUGAGCGAGCAUGUGAUAUGAAUGAUCCUGAUAAGGUCACUAGACAAGAAGGAGCAGAAAUCAAUACCAGUCUACUUGCACUCAAGGAGUGCAUACGAGCUCUUGAUCAGGAGAAACGCCACACCCCAUUCAGACAGAGUAAGCUGACCCAGGUGCUUAGAGAUUCCUUCCUGGGUCAAUCUCGGACCUGUAUGAUUGCCUGUGUGGCCCCUAAUGCUAGCGCAGUGGACCACACUCUCAAUACACUCAGAUAUGCAGAUAGAGUGAAAGAGCUGAAACAAGAAGGAGGACUUGGAAACAGUCCUGCUGCUGAUUCUUCAAUCACCAUAGCAACCAAGCAUCCUCCAACACCAUCUAACUUCAGUCCUGGUAGCACAUCAACUCCACAAAAGACCAAGAGAUCCAAGCAAGAGAAAUCUUCUGCUCUUAAAGGUUCCCCAAAGAAGAAAGGUGAUUUGAGCCAAAGAAAGAAUAGCACUGUAACGCCCAGCAAGAGCACUGGUAAGAGCAGAAUGGAAACGAGACGAAAGAGUGCCCCCGAUACCUCUCCAACCAAGACUCCUACCCAUGCUGAAUCCAGUAGCAAGUUUGCUGGGAAAAAAUCUGCAUCGCAACAUAAUCUUCAGAAAAGUUUGAUGAUGAGUGGGCAGAGCAAAGCAGAGAAGAGGAACAGAGGUGAUGUGGCGGUGGUGCAGAAGCUGAAGUAUGAGCAGGUCUCAAAUGCCUCUGGGAGCAAGUCAGUGGAGAAAAGGAUAGUGAUUCAGUCAGGGGUGAAGGUGAGAGAAAACAGAACCCUAGAGGAGAGGAAGAUAAGGGCCAGUGCAAACAGGAGCAGAUAUGAGGAUAUGAACCUGUCUCUAGGCAACGAGACCCCUUCCAAGAGAACUCCAGAGGUGAGAGCAAGAAUGAAAAAGGCUUUCCUGAAUAGCAGUCUCCCUGUCUGGGAUUUAAACCAGCAAGAAACUGAGGUACCUUCACCUUCCAAACUUACUCCUACUCCUCAGAAACUUGAAUUUGAGAACCCAAGGUAUGUAGAGAGUCCCUCCAAAGAGAAACCAAAGAAUGACGAUCAGAGGACAUGGGCCCAGAAAGUUGCUGAUGAGGGCAAAGUCAAUAUUCCAUACAGAUUUGAUGUACCCAAUCCUAGGUAUAGUUUGCAACAAGGGAGCCCAGAAGACAUCGAAAGUGGGUACCUUCCCGAUAUGGAUUCUGAGAUCGAAACACCUAGGAAUCAUUCUGGACAUCAAAGUAAUGGUGAUAUUACAAGCAAUGGCCAAGAGCAAGAUUAUAGAUCUGACAAGAAGUCUUCUAUUGGAGACUGCAUUGUAUAUGAUAGCCAGAAUGAAACUACAUCUAGUUUGCAGCUAGAGGAAGUCCAAGAAGUCAGAGUUAGUUCAAAGAGCAAUGCUUAUUCUGAAGAGAAUGGGAGGAGGACUAGAACACCGAGCUCUGAAUCUCGUCCAUCGAGUAGGUCAGAUGACACAGUUGAGCUUCUUGCAGAGAUAGAGAGAUCACUUCAACGGUCUCCUGUACCUGUAACUCCCAAACCAGGGUCAGAGCCUUGGAUGAGAGUCAUAUCAGAAGAUAAAUUCCAUGGAAGUGAGGUCUUUCCAGCUGAAUCACCGAGGAGACAAACAGCGGACGGGUCUUCUAUCAGUGCUAGGAAAGAACUUUUUGGUGCGGGAAAUGGAGAACCAGAAGGAUUGAGUGAGGAAUCCCCUAUGAAGAGGAAGGUGAAGCAAACACAGGAUGUGAGGUGUAGUGUUGAUGCCACUGGUGCCAGGGUUGGAAGCGGUGUGACAGAUAGUUCAGAUAAUCAGAGAUCAUUUCAUGUGUUCAAGGAAAAAUUACAUCAUUCAGGCUUCUCUCAAAGAGAGCUACUUAGAGAUGCAUUGUCUCCUCAGAUUCUCCAGGAGACCCGGUCAGAGAAUUUACAAAUGCACAACAGAAGCAAGAGUAAUGUGAAAGAUGUCAGAGUGCAGUCUUUACAAACUGGAUAUCCACAGACAAGAUCAGCAUGGGCAGAGGGCUCUGUUGAUGGUUCUAGACCAGUUGUCCAGCAAGGGAAACAGAGCUCUUCUCAGGAGCAGUUCUUUUCUGCACUAAGUCACAUUCCAGUCUCUCCAUAUGAUUCCCAGAGUACGAACUAUGCCACCCCAGCAGAGAGCAGACUAGGGCAGCAACCAACAGCAGUAUCAUCAACUCCAAAGGCAUUUAAGCAUGAAUCUUUGGACUCGUCUCUUUUACACCUGUCAUUCUCAACCAUCCAAUCACCCGGGAAAGGUUCCCAAAACCCGUCCUCUGAGACCAACGAGUCUUUCACUCCAGCCCGUGAAGCAGUCAUUGGACAAGAAAACAAAGGAAAUGAGUGUGAGGAGGUUGCACUUCCAGUCUCACCUCGUCUGACCCUCACCAAGUCCAAGAGUGAUGGCAGUCUAAUGACGAUGUCAGUUAAUAGGCAGAGCUGUAACGGUAAGCCAGAUGGUACCAGCCCUACACUUAAACCUCCUCAGAGACCAGAAUACCAGAGACAAAACUCUGCUGCUGAACGAGCAAGCACUUGUAAUCUUUCCAGUCAUUCUUCUACUGCUCACCCUAACAAUCACAACAGCACCAGGGAUCUGUUACUGGCAGCACAUGCAGAGCAACUUGAGGAAACUCUGAGGUUAUGUGAGACAGGUUGGAGUCUUAUUGCACAGCUUAGAAGUAACCAAAUGGAUGUACAGUCGUACAUGUCUGAGGCAGGAGAUCUACUAGACAGUCAUGUUUGGUGUCUGGAUACAUUCAGAGAUCAGUUGAACUCAUUCUCAAGGUGCUCUACACCGAACAAGUAGACUGGGGUGUGGCUUCAAUAUUGAUAUGAAUGCAACCAAUCUAGUUGAUUGAUUGAAUGUCUAAAUAUAAGAUACAAUAUAUAACCCGAAUUGAUCAACCCGUACAAAAGUACUACACAUGACAGUUUAAUAAUUAAAGGGUUAAUACUUGCAAGUAGGAAUAAAGUGAAAAAAAUAUUGUAUGGCAAAUUUAACGAGGAUUGAUAUUCCCCUAAUAUGUAUCAACAAUUUUUUUUAUAAAUAAGUAGUACUUUUGCUUCCAUGCAUGUAAUCUUGCUUUCUUCUCCUAGUGCCACUAAACAGUAUUCUCUCAGUCUUUCUCAUUGAAACACACAAGAAGUGCAAGUGAACACAACCGUGUAUAUGCAUCUUUUUUAUAUUUAUUUCAAUAAUUGCACAGUCUUGUACAUCAAAUAAAGGCAUAUAAAUUGCUUAUAUUAUAUGUAACAUGUAGCUACAUUGAGUUUGUUUAGAAGUACAUGUUUACAUAUUAUAUUUGAAGUGCCAUAGCUGUGUAAUCACUAUUGCUCAGCACUACAAUAGCUGAUCCUUUGAGUGAAAUACUAAAUUACAGAUUAUGUACAAUGUAAUGGAAGAACUUUCUCAUGAUACACGUGUAGAUUCAAUGACUUCAUUGACUUGUAGCAACACAAUUUCUAUGCAGCUCCUACAGUAAAGCCUCGUUUGCAUAUGCCGUCAUUUACAGGGGGAGUUUGGAAGUGUAAUGUAGUCAAGUGGUCUAAUCAGUCGACUGAGAAUGCAAAGGUCGUGGGUUUGAUUCCUGGCAUGGCACUUGUGUCAUUGAGCAAGGCAUUUUGUCUACUCCUCUCCACCCUGGGGUUUAAUGAGUAUCCAGUAGAAAGCGAAUGUCAGUUUAGUAUGGCAUAUGUUGACGAACUUAUACGUUCGAGAAUAAAUCUUUGUUUUGUUUGGAGAGUAGAUAGCCCUAUUAAAUAUACUCACUGCCUUUUCAAAGUUUUGUAUAUUUGAUACAUGUACAUCAUAUUGCUAGCCUGUUUUUUGUCCAUGAAGCCUACAGCACACUUGACAAUCAGUCAUAAUAAAAUCUAAAUCUGCUCAGAAAGGUAGUGAUGACAGACCAGUGGUGCAAAUGUUUACGAUUUGAAGCUGAUUGUGCUUUUAUUCUGACUAGAAAUGCACUAAAACUCUGGUAGUUAGUAUAUUAUAUCAUUUAUAACCUACUUGUAAAUCAGGGUUAUGAUGUUAGUUCAGAUUUCUAAUAUAAUUUCCAUUUCUUCAAAAAAUGGAUUACAUGAGGAUCGUAUAAUGUGAUGUGAAUGCUGACACACUGCCUAUCUUUUUCUAUAUUAUGUUGAAUUCAGGUAACUGAUGUGCUUUCACUCUGAAUCGCCAUUGUCUCUCAAUUGUAUCACAGCUUCAGUCUUUCUUUACAUAUCACUUAAUGAAUAUGAAUAAAUAUUAUAAAUAAUAUUUUGCACAGAAUGCAUUCGUUCAUACUGAAUUUAGUAACACGUGAGGCUGUGAUACAUGCAUACAUACUUAGGUUUGUCUAAUGUUGGGGUUCCACAUUCAGUGUGAACAGCCUGUAGACAAUCACUUGAUGAUAACACUUCAUAUUUAUUACUAUUAUAGAAAUAAAUCAGUUUUCUUUAGUUAAAUGAUAAAUUAUUUUAAAUAAAAUCACUCUAAAAAUUCAUGCCCAAUCUGAGCCUGAAGAAAUAAACUACAUGUAGGCUAUAUACUGUAGUUACAUUUCCAUAAUAUCAAUCCAAUGUUUUGUCAUUGACUAUGUACUGAAGAAGUCAAACAAACAAGAAAUAAUGUGCCAACUUGACAUGAACUGAUAUGGGCAUGCACUGACACAUAGUACAUAUCACACAUUCUCCCAAGUCAUUACAUGUACUUGUAGUAAUGAAAUUGUCACUUGUUUUGAAGAGUAGACCUGGAUUUUAUGUGAAGUCCAUAUGAUCCUUAAAUAUAUGAUACACUUUGAGGAGCUCAUCUGACUAAGGGUUGAAAACUAAAGAGUGCUUGCCAUUUGAUGUGUUAUUGAUUUUGUACGAUUUAUAUAUAUAUAUAUAUGUUCUUGCCAUUUGUGAAUAUUUAUUUUAGAUGGUUGAGUAUGAUCUGUAUAUUUUGUUUGUGGUAAUGUUUAAUAGGAAAGUUUCCAUAGUGUGAUUGUGUUAUGUACAGUAUGCAGCUUUAUGACCCAAGUGCAAAUCUUUGUUAGUUAUACAGUGAAGAAUAAACAUGUGAUAAUGGAAUGACUUGGUAAAUAAUAUUUUCUGAAAAUUAACUUCCAAAUAUGCAAAAGAUUUCUUUAAGCUGAAAUCAUUUUCAAUAGAUGCAAAAUAAAAGUCAGAUAGAUAAUAAAUCUGUGAAUUCAUUAGCAGAAAAAUGCAAAAUUACAGUACCUGUAUGCAUAAAAGUUAGAGGAAUUAAAAAAGAAAAUUGAUCUUAAAACCAAGCUGAAAUUAACAUUUUUUACAUCCGAAAGUCUCAGGCAUGAAAAUGUUUUACAAUUCAUUGAUAAAUCUCAUUAGAUACAUUUAUAUGAUAUACAUGUUUUGUUUUCAUGGUACAUUCCAAAUGACUUUAUAUGAAGUUAUGUUUUUAAUACAUGUGCAAUUAUGUCCAGUAUGUCAGCUUCCAUUGAGUAAUUCAGGAAUGUGAAUGCCAGGGCUCAAUUUCAAGAGUUAUAGUUGAUCCAAGUAACAAGAUUUGUAAUUGAUUUAAUGAUGACCUUUUCAUGAAACUUGAUAGAAAUAACGAGUUACAAAAACUGUUACAAGCUAGUGCAAUCGUUGCAUUUCAUUGGCUGUGAGAAAAUUUGUUAAAGAAAUAUGACACUUGUUAUCGAUAAAAAAAAAAUAUAUGGAAUGGGGCCUAGAUCAAUGAACCACAAUACUUUUAAGGUUGGGCCUUGGUGUAAUGUCAAGCUUCCUUCAAUAUGCAUUUCUCGUUGAUUUUCACUUUUCAAAUGGUCAAUUGUCUACCAACUUGUGAUAUUAUUGACUUGUGAAUAAAAUAAGUGUGCGAUGUUUCAAAAUGA